AGUAGUUUAAAUUACAUGCUUGAUACUCUAGAGAUCCCUUCUAAGAUCAGGUUGAGUUACAGACGUAUAGAUGAAAUUGUACUGCUUGCUAUUGAAACGGCUAAGAUUCAAGAUGAAAUAACCAAAUUAAAUGUUGAUUCGAUAGAUUGCCAUAACAAGAUAGAAGAACUUAAUUCGAGACAAGAUAAAGUUAUCAAUGAUUUACAUGGAGAAGAAGGUUUUGAAAAGCUUUGUACAGAUAUCCUUGAGUACUGUUUCUAUGAUUCAUGGGCAGUCCUAUUGACUAAGGAGUAUAAUAAGAAACAUAAUGACAAGCCAGUAUCGUAUGGUAUUAAAGAUAAGAAGAAAUUUCAAGGUGCAGAGGUAAUCAACCCAGAGACCGGGUAUGAAAAGCCCAAUGAGAAACAUCGAGUGGUACAUCUCAUAGAUAAUAACGUGGGAAUAAAUCAGGAUAUAUACUUUAUCCAUGAGGAUACUCAAGAAAGCAUCAUACAAAACAUUCUCACGGAUCUGAUAAAAAAGAGAAAAGAAGCCAAGAAAGAGCGUGACAAGUAUAUUGGGAUCAAUGAUGUGAUAUAUAAUAUACUAGAACAGAAGCAGCUUGCGUAUAAAGCAUCGGCGAAUGCAUUAUACGGAGGUCUAGGUUCACCAUAUCUCGGUAUUGCUGUACCAGUGAUAUCACA